CACCACCAACGACAGCACGAAAUAACAACAACAACACUUGCAGCACUUCACACGUUCGUGAUUAGCCAGCUAUCUACCUAUCCGCCAUGUUCAUUGGAGCGUGUUUAGUUACAAUAACCUCAUAAGAAAAACUAGCGUACUUUUGUUUCAAUCGAGAAAUGAUACGUGGGCAAUCAUUGGUGAGAUGAGUAUCAAGAGCCGUGGCCAUUAUCGACCUUUGUGGACAGUUUUUAUAUCAUUGGAGAUUAGCUACACCAGUGAACAUUGCUGCUACAAUCGGACGGUGGUCCGAGAAUCGAAGCCUUGUAUUGAUAUCUGGAGACAGUGCUGACCUCUGGUGUAGUUUUGGAAGCGGUACAUAAUGUUGGUGUGUGUAGUCACUUUUGAUACUGGCGGACAUUAUCGAUAAAAGAGGACGGUCGCCCCAGCAGUAAGUAUUAGGGAACAGUAAUAGUGGGCACUCCUAGCAUUGUUUCUCGUUAACCACUGAAAGCAUUAGGGCUCCUUCUAUCCACUAAAAAAGUCCAGCCAUGACUACAAUGCUGAUAUUAACCCUUACAACAAUUCUGGCCGCCACCUCGAAUCAGGAAAUUAAUGAAGCCCACUACAAGCGUUUGCCUCCUGGCUAUUCCUAUGGUUACCUUCAGGCAUCUCCAACAGAACAAUUCAUCUCAACACGAAAUCUACUGAAAUGUGCCGCCAUUUCUCUAAACAGCCAAUCGGAAUUUUUCACUUACAACAAUGUCAGCCAUGUUUGUAAGAAUUACUCAUCGAAAGAUAUCAUGACAGUCGUCAGCGCGAAUGACAGCAACGAGAUGUCCUUCUACAGAAAAAGUGAAUGGAUUAAAACCUAUGCCAUAUCAAUGGGAGCAAAUUCGUUGAUCUAUAAUUCCUUCCUCAAUAUAGGAAGUCCUUCAACUUGGAAUGUGGACAAAUGCAAUGGCACAUAUUGUCCAAAUUUCUUCCGACACCCAAUACUUGAUAUCUGGAACCAUCUACCAAUUGAGCAGGUAAAACUUGUGCUAUACAAAAACGAAACAGCUGUGGUAACUAUGGUCUUUGAUAGACGAAAUACAACCCUUGAAAACUGGUUCUCAGUCAAAAACCUGAAAAGUUCUCCAUGGAACGAUUUAACACCAGGCAAAACCAAUGUUUUCUCAAUCAAUGGAGCUUUGUAA